AAUACUAGCAUUAGUAAUCACAGACAAAAUAACCAUACCCAAAAUGGCCAAACAAUUGAUCGUGCUGUUCGCUCUGGUAGCCUAUGCCUCGGCUGGCAUGAAAAUAGGAAAUGGUGGAUUGGACUUGCUCAAAUUUUCCGAGGGCUGGAGAGCUGACUAUUACAUCGACCAGAUUGGCUUGAAAACAAUCGGCUACGGACAUGCAUGCGUGUGGCAUAACAACUGCAACGAUAUCGGUAAAACACCACUCACUCAGCAACAAGGUGUGGAUCUAUUGAAAAAGGAUCUGGUUGAAUAUGAAAACUGUGUUAACAACGCUGUGUCCGGACUCAACCAAAACCAAUUCGAUGCCAAAUCGGCCACAAAACCUUCCGACACUUUGAGCAAUUCAAGACCGGCCCCAUUGAUGCUACGCCCGGUGCAAAUGGACAUGUUCAUUAAUGCCAGCGCGAUAAACGUGAUGAUUUUUGCUCCCAUGUGUUUGUGUUAG